UUCCCGCUUCCGCCCUGCCUCGUUUUCAAUAACACAACAUGUCAAAUCGAUUUUAGAGAAGAUCUUACAUUCUUUUAGUUGAUUUGAGAACAUUUCAUCGUAAAUACACAACUGUUAACGGAAUACUAUACUGCUUUACAUUGUGCAGAUUGCUGAUGGUCUCGAUGCGAUGCUACCUACAAAUUUACAGCAUAACAACAUAAUCCCUGGUCAUCUCUGCUCUCUUUACAAGUAUGUUUUGUAGAAUGAAGAGAUAUAUACUCAGAAUGCACGUUUGGAAAGUGAUUGGAAGUUUGAUGCUGGCAACAAAUCUUAUAGCCCUGAUGUAUUUAUGGUUGCUGCAGAGUAAUUUGGAACACCAUGAAAAAUUCAAGAAACCAAUACAAGAGAAGCUUCCUACUCAUAAACAAGAAAAUUCUAUAACUGUGAUCAUUCGUGAAUUUGAAGCAUUUGAUAACGUACUUCCAUUAACUAUUGAGCAUCUUCACUCUAAAUUUCCUUCAUACAAACUCAUUGCAUUUACUGAUAGCGUACCAUACCCACCGAUCCAACUGCCAGAUAUUGCAAAUGUCGCAUUUAUUAACUUGAAUCCAAACCCUGACAUUUCACGCCACAUGUCAUUGAUAGAUGAUCAAAUUAGUUCGAAGUAUGUCAUGAUAGUUCCGGAUGGUAUCAAGAUUCCAGACUAUCUACCACUUGACACAGUAUUUAUUGACAAAUAUAAAAAGUUGUCACCAAGUGCUAGAAUCAUUGCUAUGCCAAUUGGAAAUAAAGGAGGUAACCAUUUGAAUGUGGAAGUGAAUCUAAGGGAAUGGACAUUGAAGUAUUCACAAAGCAAGGACCCCUUGUGCACUGGACUUUGGGGAAACUACAUAAUAUUUAUGCAAACUUCAGAUUUGCUAGAACUUCCCUAUCCAUUGGAACGUCCAUUCCUAGAUGGUCUUUUCAUACAAACAGCUCUAAGGGAUUGGAAAGUUUCUGUUGUAAAUAUAGAGCCCAAAAUUACAUUUGUGAAAGAUCUUUACUCGGAGCCUCACGAUGCUUGGAAAUUAAAGUCACUUACAAGGACACGGCACAAAGAAUUAUAUAAAAAAUUUGGCAUUAAGUAUGUAGUCCGUGCUAAUAGAGUGGAGGAGUGGCAUGGAUGUAGUAAAGACACGGAAAGGUGUUUUGGAACAGUUCAUGAUGAAACACCAUCAUAUAUUUAUGCCGGUAAAUGGACACCACCAUGUUGCCUUCAAGCAUUACGUCUGACAGGGAGACAUGUGUUUAACGAACUCAAAAAAUGUAAUGCCCGAUUUUGGCUUGAGGGUGGGAGCCUACUUGGGGCUGCUAGAAAUGGCGACAUCAUUCCUUGGGAUUAUGACAUUGACAUUGGCAUUUACAAAGAUGAUAUUAGAAUCUGCAAAAAUCUUAAAGAUGUCACCAGAGAGUUUCCAUUCAUCGAUGAUGAUGGCUUCAUAUGGGAAAAAGCAAAAGAGGGAGAAUUUUACAGGGUCCAAUACAGUGAGACGAACCACUUACAUGUUGACAUUUUCCCAUUCUACCCGAAAGAUAAUCAUGAAAUGCCGAUUAUGACGAAAGAUACAUGGUUUAAAACACAUAGACAAGACACAGAAUUCCCAGAACACUAUUUGAAACCUUUCACGAACAUAGACUUUAUUGGAGUGCAGGCUCCCGCGCCAAAUCAUGUCAGAGAAUUUCUUGAGUUGAAAUUUGGGAAGGGUGUUAUUGAGAAGCCGGAAUAUCCCAAUCCAGCAAAAAUAAAACUUAAGCAAGUUGGUUCUUUGUAAGUCGUAUUUACGCUGAUACGAAGUACAGUCAAAGCUUCUAAGUGAACACUUUUGGUGACAAGUUCAAGUUAGGAGGUGACUGAACAACAUGACUGACAAGUGUUCACUAUAGAAACAUGUUCACAGGUUUAAGACAUACUGUAGUAUAUAAGUCCACCUUAUAUUUAUUUUAAAUACCGGUAUGUCUACCUAAAAGUGAGAGAGUCCAAAAUAUUUUUUGUUAACUGAAAAACUGGCUUUCAAGUUUAUUUUUUAUAGAGAGAAAGUUGAGCAAAAAUUAUUUUCAUUUCAUCAGUAUUAAUAAUGAAGACAUACUGUAGUUCAGCUGGAUAUACUAAUACUUUGUGUGGACACAGUGGAGUUCAAUUGGACACCCUGUAGUUCAACUCUGUCAAUCAGUUUGGCAUAGUGUUAUUCAGUUGGACACAGUGUAAUUGGGAAAACUGUAGUUAUAUUCGAUACACUGUAGUUCAAAUGGUUAUCCUGCAGUCCUGUAGUUCAGUUGGACAUGCUGUAGUUCAGUUUGACAUAAUGUAGUUUUAUUUGACGUACUGUAAUCUUGUAGUUAAGUAGUAUUAUAAUUGCUCAAUCAUAGAGUUGGUAACAGAGAGGAGGGGUAUAGGAUAUUAGUUAGAUUCAGAAAUAUGGAACAACUUUUUCCAAAAAUUAGAGCAGUUUAUUCUUCAACAUUUCAAUGCUGAACAUGAUAACCAAGCAUUUGAUAGCACUGUGGUAAAGAUGUCUCUGUUAAAAAAUUUGUGGUAUAUGAUUAUGUGAAAAAUAUGUCAAAUGUCAUUCUGGAAAGAUCUGAAUGUUAUCAAAAACAAUUUUUUUGACAGAUUUCCCCAUUUUUGUGGCACACAAAUCAUGAUGUCAUGGUGUUUUGAGGAGAAAAUAUAAAAAGACGAGUCUCAGUUUGAAG